AUGGCCGAUAUCACUGCCGUUGGAGAAGAGAAGCCUUCUACUCAGGACGAGCUGCAACCUCCAGCCGGUAAUGGCGCCGCCGACAACCGCGGCACCAAGCGUUCUCGCAUGAGCGCCGACGAUGACGAUGACGAUGAAGAUAAGCCCGGUCGCGAGCGGAGGAAGAUUGAGAUCAAGUUUAUCCAGGACAAGUCGCGUCGCCACAUUACCUUCUCCAAGCGGAAAGCUGGUAUUAUGAAGAAGGCAUACGAGCUGUCUGUUCUCACGGGAACCCAGGUCCUGCUGCUCGUCGUUUCCGAAACCGGUCUUGUUUAUACGUUUACCACUCCCAAACUUCAACCGUUGGUCACAAAAUCUGAAGGGAAGAAUCUCAUUCAGGCCUGUCUCAAUGCACCCGAUCCUACUACCAGUGAGAACGGAGUUGAUGCAAUCCCCGAAGUGCCUGCAGAGGCUCCAGAGGAUGUCAACCAUAACAAUGUUAAUGCUGCUCAGCAGUCCAACAUCUCUCGUCCCGCGGGAAUGCACCCCGCUUACAUGACGAACGAGCAGCAACAGCAGAUGGCGUCGUACUACCAGAAUCUGCAGCAGCAACAGCAGGCUAGUGCGCAGUAUCCAGGCAUUUCUGCUGUUGGCAACCGGAUGUCAACCCAGCAUCAACCUACCGCAUAG